AUGUGUUUUGGGAACAAGUUGCCGGUGUCAGAGGAUAUUGCUUUUCCAGUUGGAUUUGCUUGGGGUGCAGCUACAGCAGCAUAUCAAAUUGAAGAAGGCUGGGAUGCAGAUGGAGAGGGCCCUAAUGUCUGGGACGCAUUCACCCAUCAGGGAGGAGAUCGAGUUUUCAAGAACCAGACUGGUGAUGUAGCUUGUGGCAGCUACACUCUGUGGGAGGAAGAUUUGAAAUGUAUCAAACAGCUUGGAUUGACUCAUUAUCGCUUUUCUCUUUCCUGGUCACGUCUGUUACCUGAUGGGACGACAGGUUUCAUCAACCAGAAAGGAGUCAAUUAUUACAACAAAAUCAUUAAUAACCUGGACAUAGCAUCCUGCUCACUGUAUCUCUUUGGCUUACCUCAGUCCUUAGAAGAUGAAGGUGGCUGGAGAUCUGAAAAGAUCAUUGAGACCUUUGAUAUUCAUGCAAAGUAUUGCUUCAGAACAUUUGGAGACUGAGUGAUCACUAUUAAUGAGCCUUAUGUUGUUGCUAUAGGUGGUUGUGAAAAAAGGUAUAGCCCCAGCAUUGGUACCAGAGCUUGCAAGGCAACUUAUAAUGUGAUAAAAGGUCAUACUAAAGCCUGGCACAAUUGUGAUAAGAUGUGGAGAAAACAAUGUGGACUUGUGUCUAUAGCUCUGAACUCAGAUUGGUAGAACCUCUAUGAUUCUGUAGCGGAUCAAAAAGCCACUAAAGGGUACCUGUCCUUUACCUAAUAUGGGUGUGUCAGGACAGUAUUUGCUGAUGGUGAAUAUCCAGCCAUCAUGAAGUCCUGGAUUUCUGCAAUGCAUUCAAAGCAGGGUUACUUAUCAUCAAGGCUUCUAGGAUUCACUAAAGAGGAAAAAAUGAUGAUAGUGGCUAUUGCUGACUUCUUUGCCCUGAACUCAGUAAGGCUUUCCUGGCAUGCAUCUGCUCCUGGCAAUGGGACGUGUGGUGACUGCCAGUACCAAGGGGAUACAUAUAAUAACCCUAUAAUUUACAUCACUGAGAAUGGGUUUUCCCAAAGUGACCCUGCUCUACUUGAUGACAGUCAACGAUGGGAGUAUUUCAGGCUGAUUUUACAGGAAAUUUUAAAAGAAAAAGAUUUUGAUGCCGUCAGAGAAAAUUGA